AUGUUCGGUUUGCCCUUUCGAUCUUGUCGGGCUAAUUUCGCGUCGGCAUUGGGCCAGGUGAGGCACGCCUCAUCUAAGCGCUGGCAGGCCCGACAGCAAAAGGACCAGUUUACAAAGGAGGCAGCUGUCCAAGGAUUAAAAAGCCGAGCUGCUUUCAAGCUGUUACAGAUUGAUGAGAAAUACCGAAUCUUCAAGGGUGGACAGACAGUGGUUGACUUGGGCUAUGCGCCAGGGUCAUGGUCACAGGUCGCAGCAAACCGAACCCAACCGCACGGUCGAGUCCUCGGUGUCGAUCUCAUUCCCGCGCAACCUCCUAAAGGGGUCUCUACAAUCCAGGGAAACUUCCUCUCCCCAGAGAUUCAAACCUAUAUUCGAGAUUUCCUCCGCAGCCCGGAAAGAGGUCGACCGCGACAACCCGAUCUGGGCGAACCCAGUCCCAGCAUACUAGAAUCGAACCCCGAUGAAAGCGCGGUGGAAGGGAAGGAUGGACAAGAUAAGAUUCUUGAAAGAACAGUCGAUGUUGUUCUCAGUGAUAUGUCUGCACCCUGGCACCAGACGUCCGGUUUUUGGAAACGAAGUCUAAGUGCUCCAUACAGGAUGAUGAAUACCAGCGGUAUUGUCUUUAAAGACCAUGCUGGCAGUAUGGAUCUCUGCAACGCAGCUUUGCGUUUUAGCACGGAUGUCCUCAAGACAGGCGGUCACUUCGUUUGCAAGUUCUACCAAGGCUCUGAGGAUAAAGAGCUAGAGAUGCAGCUCAAGACAUUGUUCAAAAAAGUGCAUCGAUUAAAGCCCGAAUCAUCUCGCAGUGAAUCCAAAGAGGCAUUUUUCGUUGGCCUGCAGCGAAAGCCAUGA